AGAAGCCCGCGGGCGGCUCGGAACGCUGUUUCUAUCAUGGCCGCGGGAGCCGGGACGGCGGGCCCCGCUUCCGGCCCGGGCGUCGUGCGUGACCCAGCGGCGUCACAGCCGAGGAAGCGGCCCGGCCGGGAGGGCGGGGAGGGCGCGCGGCGAUCGGACGCGAUGGCGGGAGGAGGCGGGAGUAGCGACGGCAGCGGGCGGGCAGCUGGCAGGCGGGCGUCCCGCAGUAGCGGGCGGGCCCGGCGGGGGCGCCACGAGCCGGGGCUGGGGGGCCCGGCGGAGCGCGGCGCGGGGGAGGCACGGCUGGAAGAGGCAGUCAAUCGCUGGGUGCUCAAGUUCUACUUCCACGAGGCGCUGCGGGCCUUUCGGGGUAGCCGGUACGGGGACUUCAGACAGAUCCGGGACAUCAUGCAGGCUUUGCUUGUCAGGCCCUUGGGGAAGGAGCACACCGUGUCCCGAUUGCUGCGGGUUAUGCAGUGUCUGUCGCGCAUUGAAGAAGGGGAAAAUUUAGACUGUUCCUUUGAUAUGGAGGCUGAGCUCACACCACUGGAAUCAGCUAUCAAUGUGCUGGAGAUGAUUAAAACGGAAUUUACACUGACAGAAGCAGUGGUCGAAUCCAGUAGAAAACUGGUCAAGGAAGCUGCUGUCAUUAUUUGUAUCAAAAACAAAGAAUUUGAAAAGGCUUCAAAAAUUUUGAAAAAACAUAUGUCCAAGGACCCCACAACUCAGAAGCUGAGAAAUGAUCUCCUGAAUAUUAUUCGAGAAAAGAACUUGGCCCAUCCUGUUAUCCAGAACUUUUCCUAUGAGACCUUCCAGCAGAAGAUGCUGCGCUUCCUGGAGAGCCACCUGGAUGACGCCGAGCCCUACCUCCUCACGAUGGCCAAAAAGGCUUUGAGAUCUGAGUCUGCUGCCUCAAGCACAGGGAAGGAAGAUAAACAGCCAGCACCAGGGCCUGUGGAAAAGCCACCCAGAGAACCUGCAAGGCAGCUACGGAAUCCUCCAACCACCAUUGGAAUGAUGACUCUGAAAGCAGCUUUCAAGACUCUGUCUGGUGCACAGGAUUCUGAGGCAGCCUUUGCAAAACUGGACCAGAAGGAUCUGGUUCUUCCUACUCAAGCUCUCCCAGCAUCACCAGCCCUCAAAAACAAGAGACCCAGAAAAGAUGAAAACGAAAGUUCAGCCCCGGCUGACGGUGAGGGUGGCUCGGAACUGCAGCCCAAGAACAAGCGCAUGACAAUAAGCAGAUUGGUCUUGGAGGAGGACAGCCAGAGUACUGAGCCCAGCUCAGGCCUCAACUCCUCCCAGGAGGCCGCUCCAGCGCCACCAUCCAAGCCCACCGUUCUCAACCAACCCCUCCCUGGAGAGAAGAAUCCCAAAGUACCCAAAGGCAAGUGGAACAGCUCUAAUGGGGUUGAAGAAAAGGAGACUUGGGUGGAAGAGGAUGAACUGUUUCAAGUUCAGGCAGCACCAGAUGAAGACAAUACAACCAAUAUAACAAAAAAGCAGAAGUGGACUGUAGAAGAAAGCGAGUGGGUCAAGGCUGGAGUGCAGAAAUAUGGGGAAGGAAACUGGGCUGCCAUUUCUAAAAAUUACCCAUUUGUUAACCGAACAGCUGUGAUGAUUAAGGAUCGCUGGCGGACCAUGAAAAGACUUGGCAUGAACUGAAACGGGCUUUCAUUUCCACAGAAUUCACAGGAGCAUGGUUCCUAAUAAUAGCCCCUGAUAGUCUGCUGUUUCUUUUUUUUUUUUUUUUUUUUUUUUGAGACAGAGUCUCGCUCUGUCACGCAGGCUAGAGUGCAGUGGCGUGAUCUCGGCUCACUGCGACCUCCGCCUUCCGGGCUCACGCCAUUCUCCUGCCUCAGCCUCCCGAGUAGCUGGGACUACAGGCGCCCGCCACCAUGCCCAGCUAAUUUUUUGUAUUUUUAGUAGAGGCGGAGUUUCACCAUGUUAGUCAGGAUGGUCUCGAUCUCCUGACCUCGUGAUCCACCCACCUCGGCCUCCCAAAGUGCUGGGAUUACAGGCAUGAGCCACCGCGCCCGGCAUCUGCUGUUUCUUUCAGAAGCUGGGCUGGGAUGAGAAUUUUGGGCAACCUCCUUCGACGUGGGGGAGGUCCCAGUUCCACUUCAUCACUGUUGGAGAUCAUGGAGCUAAGAAGCAGAGCCAAGUCCACCCAUGUCCUUGGCAGAGAUGAUAGGCACACAGCUUGUGCAGUGCCAGAAUAUCAUUAGCGUUUCCCUUCUUUAGUGGUUUGCUUAAAUUUAAAUCCCUGGUAAUCUGUAGCACCUUCUCCUAGGAAAUGGUGAAGUCUAUUAGGAGCCACUUGUGACUCCAUGACCUGUUAAAACCAGCAAUGUGAGUAUUAUUUGGAGUAAAUUUGUUCCACGUCAAGUUCUGGCCUUCUGAUGCAAAUGCAAAGGAACUUAGUCUGUUAUGAACCCAGGUUGAUGACAGACCAGUCCUUGUGGAAUGAGAUUCCCUUUAAAAACUCUUUAGCCAGUCGUAACAUCAACCCUAGACCUGUCUGCCUUGGCAUUUGCUCUCAACAUCUGCUGGGCUAUGUAGGCAGGUUAAUCCUCCACUUCUCAUGUGGUUGAACCAGUGUGUUUUUUGGUAAAAUGGUGAUUGUAGAUAAGCUUAGUUCCCCGAUCCCCUGCCCCCUGUCCCCUGCCUCUUUUCCCAAUUCCCUUCCUUAUGCUGGACUUUUAAAGCUUAAAAAAAAAUCCUGAUUGAAUAUAAAUGCCUAAUUUCAUUCUUUGUGAAAUGGUUGCUUCCUCCUGAUUCCCUAAUUGUGCUGUGUUCGUGUCUUGCACUGGAAUUCAACAUUCCCUUCUCCUUUUGUACUGUGUUGUGCUUGCUGUCUCUCCCGGACACCCUUAAAGACUGUCUUUUUAGCAAAAAAUUUCAGUAAAGUGUUUUCUGUAAUCUUUUUUUAAAAGGUGAGAACUAAUUAUUGUCCAUACUUGUAGCAUUCUUCAUUAAAGUCUUGCUUCUCUCAACUGUAA